UGAUUGGAGCGGCGUCUCUCGCGAACGUUGCGGAAAUCCCGUGUUUCGUGGCUGAGGAGGAAGCUCCACGUCAGAGGAGCCAUCAGUCCGGCCGGGCCUGGGUGUGGGCGCAGGCUGAGGUGCUGCAGCGAUGCCUCUGAGACUAGACAUCAAACGGAAGCUGACUGCUCGGUCUGACCGAGUGAAAAGUGUUGACUUGCAUCCAAGUGAGCCAUGGAUGUUGGCCAGUCUUUACAAUGGCAGUGUCUGCGUGUGGAACCAUGAAUCCCAAACUCUUGUGAAGACAUUUGAAGUGUGCGACCUACCUGUCAGGGCAUCCAAGUUUGUGGCACGAAAGAACUGGGUCAUCACAGGAGCAGAUGACAUGCAAAUCAGAGUCUUCAAUUACAACACACUGGAGAGAGUUCACAUGUUUGAGGCUCAUUCAGAUUACAUACGUUGUAUUGCAGUUCACCCAACUCAACCUUACAUCUUGACCAGCAGUGAUGACAUGCUUAUCAAACUGUGGGAUUGGGAGAAGAAGUGGACCUGCACCCAGGUUUUUGAAGGGCACACUCAUUAUGUUAUGCAAAUUGUCAUCAACCCAAAAGACAACAACCAAUUUGCCAGUGCAUCCUUAGAUAGGACCAUUAAGGUGUGGCAGCUUGGGUCAUCCUCACCUAAUUUCACCUUGGAAGGCCAUGAAAAAGGAGUGAACUGCAUUGACUACUAUAGUGGUGGUGAUAAGCCCUAUCUGAUUUCUGGAGCUGACGAUCGCCUAGUUAAAAUCUGGGAUUACCAGAAUAAGACUUGUGUUCAGACACUGGAGGGCCAUGCUCAGAAUGUCUCUUGUGUGAGCUUCCAUCCUGAACUUCCAAUUAUCAUCACUGGAUCAGAGGAUGGUACUGUUCGUAUCUGGCAUUCAAGCACUUACCGCCUAGAAAGUACUCUGAAUUAUGGGAUGGAACGAGUCUGGUGUGUGGCAAGUCUGAGAGGCUCCAACAAUGUAGCUCUUGGCUAUGAUGAAGGCAGUAUCAUCAUUAAGCUGGGACGUGAAGAACCUGCAAUGUCGAUGGAUGCUAGUGGUAAAAUUAUUUGGGCCAAGCAUUCUGAAGUCCAGCAGGCUAACCUGAAAGCAAUGGGAGAUACUGAGAUAAAAGAUGGUGAAAGACUGCCUUUGGCUGUGAAGGACAUGGGAAGCUGUGAGAUUUAUCCACAGACAAUUCAACAUAAUCCCAAUGGAAGGUUUGUGGUUGUCUGUGGUGAUGGUGAAUACAUUAUCUACACAGCAAUGGCGUUGAGAAAUAAGAGCUUUGGAUCUGCACAGGAGUUUGUAUGGGCACACGAUUCUUCUGAAUAUGCAAUCAGGGAAAGCAACAGUGUAGUGAAAAUAUUCAAAAAUUUUAAAGAAAAGAAAUCAUUUAAGCCUGAUUUUGGAGCAGAAGGCAUCUAUGGAGGGUUCCUCCUCGGUGUCCGCUCAAUGAAUGGCUUGGCAUUUUAUGACUGGGACACCACUGAGCUCAUCCGCCGAAUUGAAAUACAGCCCAAACAUAUAUUCUGGUCAGAUUCUGGUGAACUAGUGUGCAUUGCUACAGAGGAUUCCUUCUUUGUUUUGAAAUAUCUUGCUGAGAAAGUGGCUACGGCACAGGAAACACAUGAAGGAGUUACAGAAGAUGGCAUUGAAGAUGCCUUUGAGGUUCUUGGUGAAAUUCAAGAAAUUGUUAAGACUGGAUUGUGGGUAGGAGACUGUUUUAUCUACACCAGCUCUGUGAACAGGCUCAAUUACUAUGUUGGUGGAGAGAUUGUCACCAUUGCCCAUCUUGACAGAACAAUGUACCUCCUGGGUUAUAUCCCAAAAGAUAAUCGACUGUAUUUGGGAGAUAAAGAUUUGAACAUCGUCAGCUAUUCUUUGCUUGUCUCUGUGCUCGAGUACCAAACUGCAGUCAUGAGGAGGGACUUUUCCAUGGCUGACAAGGUUCUUCCCACAAUUCCAAAGGAACAGAGGACAAGAGUAGCACACUUCCUUGAGAAACAGGGUUUCAAAUCACAGGCUCUUGCAGUAUCCACUGAUCCAGAGCACCGCUUUGAGCUUGCACUGCAGCUUGGAGAGCUCAAGAUUGCAUAUCAAUUGGCAGUAGAAGCAGAGUCAGAACAGAAGUGGAAGCAGUUGGCAGAGCUUGCGAUCAGUAAGUGCCAGUUUACCCUUGCUCAAGAGUGUCUACACCAUGCACAAGAUUAUGGUGGACUGUUGCUGCUGGCUACUGCCUCAGGCAAUGCUCCAAUGGUUACCAAGUUAGCAGAAGUUGUCGAAAAAGAUGGCAAGAACAAUGUGGCCUUUAUGACUUAUUUCAUGCAAGGAAAGCUUGACAAUUGUUUGGAAUUGCUGAUAAAAACAGGACGUCUCCCGGAAGCUGCGUUUUUUUCCAGAACCUACUUGCCAAGUCAGGUUUCCAGGGUUGUGAAACUCUGGAGAGAGAAUCUUGCCAAAAUAAACCAAAAAGCUGCAGAAUCUCUUGCUGACCCCACAGAAUAUGAAAACCUAUUCCCAGGCCUAAAAGAAGCUUUUGUAGCUGAGCAGUACCUGAAAGAAACCAGCAAGACUAAAGAGAGACCUGCCAGGGAUUACCCUCUUGUCACUCCAAAUGAAGAAAGGAAUGUUAUUGAAGAGUCAAAAGACUUCACACCAUCUCAUCAUGGAGCAUCAGUUGAGAAUUCUAAAGGUGAACAGGAAACAGUGUCAAGUGUGUCUACACCAGUUGCACCAACGCUAGCAGAUGCAAAAGCUGUAUUAGAAUCAGACCCUGCUUGCGUGGUUACUGCAGCUAUCCCACAAGGAAUGGACAUUGAAACUAAAAAGUCUCUGACUGAUCUUGAUGAUGAUUUGGAUAAUUUGGAGUUGGAAGACAUAGACACUUCAGAUGUUAACUUGGAUGAAGAAUUUCUGGAUGAUUAAAUUGAAAACCAAGUAUAUUUAAAUGUGACCAAAUUUCUAUUAAUGAGUAAAUAUUCAGCAUUUGCUUUUAGAAGGAUAUUGCAAUUUGUUACGACUCUGGACAGUUCUAAAAUGGUAGAGCUGAUUGUCGCUGUCUUGCUGUCCAUUCUGAAAUGCAUUUUGCACCACACAACAGGUGGCACUGUUGUCAAACUAGCAGAUCAGAAUGUAUGGCUGCUAUUGAGACACCUGUAAAGUAAGUCAUGGAGCUAGUGAUGCAUAACUCCAUGGAAGUUUGUAUUGUGUUGUAUUAACUCCAAAUAAAACUAAUUACAUUUUUCAUGGGA